AAUCUGUUGGCCACGCAGUUGAAAAUCUCCAAAUGCUUGUAUUUUUCAGCACUGAUGCCAAACUUCAGUCUUUUUGUUCACUUUGCUACGUACACCUUUCGCUCUGCAGUACUAUCAACAUUGGUCACGGCGAUCCUGUGCCGUUUCGUCUAUCAUGGCUAACACGUCAUGCCUAUGGACGAAGGCGCGUGAGAAUCCUCCCGUGGAUGUCAAAGAAUGGUUAGCCUCCCUCGAAAAAGGUAUACAGCCCAACGCGACAGCGACCGAACAGAUCGAUGCGCUCAUUGAACAAACAACCAAAAAGCAGAAAGACUUUGAAAAGUCCAAUCAUAAGUUCAGAAAGUAUUUUGAUAAGAUCAUUCACUGGUUGGAUAAGGUCAAAGGGAUUGGUGAUGUCGUCUCGUCCUUCGACCCCGUUCAUGCUGCGCUUCCAUGGGCUGCUUUCCGUUUCGCCCUACAGGCUGUCCUGGCCGAAAAAGAGCAGGCAGAGAGCAUUCUUGAACUCCUCGCCUCGACCCCGCACUUCGUCUUCUCUGGUCGGGUUUUAGAGAUGGUCUACACAAAAGAGUCUAUGCAUAUCGGAGAAGCCCAGGACGACAUCAAACUAAGUCAACAAUGCCUCGGUCACUUGGAAGAGGAAUUAAUCAAGUUUUACUCGUCGCUAUUUAGCGCUCUUCAGUAUUGUUACACAAUUUCAAGCAAGCAUAAGGUCAAACGCAAAGCUACAGCGAUAUUUAAUUCAUCCGAGGUAGUGAGCAUUCACAGGGACUUGGAAGUACAGCGCAAAAAGGUCAUAGCUUGCGGAGAGAAUUGCCACAAAAUCCUCAAUCACACCUUGUCGAGCAAAUCUCUCGAUCUGUUGCAGAAGAUCCAGCCAACUCUCACCGAGAUAAGGGACCGAGUCCAAGAACUGCUAGUACGGAUUGAUGAAGAAGAACGACGCGAGACACUUAGAGCGAUCUCUUCUAUCUUGUUUCGUGCCCACCAUGACGAAGUUAGCAGAAAGCGAACUGCGGGUACCUGCGAGUGGAUUCUGAAGAGGGAGACGUUCAUUCGAUGGGAGGAGAGUGAUUCAUCAGUUACCAUUCUUUACGGGAAUCCUGGAGCCGGGAAAACAUUUCUCAUCUCACGAGUAGUCGACUAUUCAAUUGAGAGGGCUAAAACUGGGGAUGCAGUCGCCUUUUUCUACUGCAAGAGAGACGAGGAGAAUCGACGGAAUCCUCAGGAUAUCCUCCGCAGCAUUCUUCGUCAACUAUCCACGCCCAUCAAGGAUGUUGAAAGUGGCACAAUCCACAUCGCUCUCCAAGGCCUGCCAAGCAGGCUUGAACUUAACGGUACAACAUUCGACGUGGCGACUUGCGAAAGUCUUAUCGGGAGGCUUGCCGAUGAUUACCCCAAGACAACUAUUAUCCUCGAUGCCCUGGAUGAGUGUGAUAGAAACACCCGAGAGGAGCUUAUGAGAAUUCUCUCGAAUUUGACCAUCAGGAGCUCCAAGCUGCGUGUCUUCAUCUCCAGCAGGCAUGACGAGGACAUUCUACGCCACUUCAAGGGAAGACCUGUCAUGACGGUAGAAGCAACGGACAAUGAAGAAGAUAUCUCAUCUUACGUGCAGGAUAAGCUGUUUCAAGACACUCGUUGGGCCGACAUAGGUCCCAAGUUCCAGGAAGAAGUCCAAUCGGUGUUUCACAAGAAAAGCCAAGGAAUGUUCCAAUGGGCAGCACUGCAGGUUGAUCAGAUCCGACGACUUAAGCUAUGGAGCGAAAGGAGUAUCAGGGAGCUACUCGAAACCUCACCGAUCGGACUAAAGGGCGCGUACGAUGUGGUCUGGAAUCAGAUCCAUGAAAUGUCACCAUUUGAAGAGAAGCUGGCUACGCGAGCCUUCCAAUGGGUUCUAUGUGCAUUCGUGCCUCUAAAGACUGACGAGCUGUCUUUGAUGAUGCAUAUAGAACGGGAAUCUGGUACUAUAGAAGCUGAUACAGUCUUCAUACCGGAGACCAUCCAAAGCAUCUGUGGAAACCUCCUCGUCUACGACCGGCAGUCGGACGUCUGGCGAUUCUCGCACUUGUCGGCACGAGAGUAUAUCGAGAGGCAUCAUUACAGCAUGCUUGAAUCUCAUCACCACGUUGCCAUUUCUUCCAUCAAGUUUCUCCAAAGAUAUUCAAUAACUUCAGUUCGGGAGCCGCGAUAUCCGGGGUCAAUUAGAGAACCUUGGUGCAUCGUGGCACGUAAACCAUCUCAUCCAGAUGUUAGUCGUGUUAAACACAUAGUUCAUUGUCGCUACAUACUUCGGUACGCAUUCUGGCAUACCCAUGAAUUGGAUUUACCUACGUUCAUAUAUUCUCAACUCUCAAAUCUUUUACGCGACUUCUUGGAACCGAUUUCCGAAGGUAGCUCGUCUUUUAAAUCUUGGAAGUGUCUCUUGAAUGUAACGGAGACCGUGGCAUCUCAUAAGGGAAAAAGGCUUAUACGAUUUAGUCGUCUUUCUCGAAUAUUCACACCUUUGCAGCUGAUGUCCAACUACGGACUCUUUCAUAUUCUGAGAGAUCUCUGGGAGAAGGCUGGUGGUGAACUUGACACUUGUCCUGAGUCUACACCGUCUCCUCUUACACUAGCCAUCCAAAAUGGGCAUGAAUCUAUUUGGAGAUUUAUCUUGCUCGCAAAAGCAAAGCUUAACACCGGCACCCCAGGACCUCUGGUAGCAGCAAUACAGUACAACAAUGAGAAAGCUUUUGAGGCUCUGAUUGAAGCCGAGGCAGAUGUGAACUAUGUUCCUUUCACCCAGCAUCUUCGCACAAUACGGUCAGAUACACCCUUAAAAGCUGCGUUAUUGUUUUCAACAAAGCAAAAUCGAAGAUACAUCAUACAGAGAUUGCUUGAUGCAGGGGCAGAUGUCAACCUAAGGAGUAGAAGUGAAACUGCUAUGGAGCGCGCUAUCAUGUUAGAGGAUGAGGAAACCGUCAAGCUCCUUCUUGACGCAAAUACGAAGGUGUACAACCCAAAUCACUUUCUCAGCCUGGCAGCUCGGAAUUCGAAAUCCAGCCUCGCUCCGCUGUUCCUGAAUCUUGGUGCCAAUGUCGAAGAGCCGUGGGAAGGGGUCUUGCCAUUAGUAUGCGCAUUGAGGGAGGGAAAUAUCUCGUUUGUUCAAUAUUUACUGGAGAUGCCAGGUAUAUCGAUUGACAUGUCUUGUCAAGAUCAUAGGGAGGCAAUUGCCAUACUCCUUCGGAGAGCCUUUGGGCCGACUGUCUUCCCUUUUCUCUUUGGAUCUAACCACCCCUACAUCAACUUGGUAAACUGCGAAAAACAGACCCUGAGGCGGGCCUUAUGGUCAUAUCCUAAGUACGAGUGUGAACUCCAUGGUCUCGGCCUCAAUGCAUCUAAGUUCGCGCUUCAAUGCAUCCAAGGAACGGCACACCGUCAGCUAAGCUUGGUCGAUACUUUACUCCGCGCCGGGCCAGACCCAUCUGUCAGCGUUAAUUUCGGCUCCGGGAUUACCUUAACUGCCGCUGCUUUCCUUGGCAGAUUGCAUCACGUCCGUCAUCUUCUGGACUAUGAGAUGAGAUGGGACGGACAAGAAGAGAGAGCUCGCUUUCGGAUUGCUUUGUUCGCCAUGAUGAGCGGACAUCUAGGUAUUGUAUCUCGGAUACCCCCUGGUGGGAAAUGGAGGCCCCCAGUUAACGAUUGCCUUUGUGAAAGAUAUCUGGAGGUCCUUAUACGCCUGUUUGAUGGAGAUUUGAGCCCUUACAUGCCAAUCUAUGACUUCUUAGAUCCGCUGAUCCCACACCUUUAUGUGAAUGGACGAAGCUAUGAGAUUAACAGUCCAUGUUGGCUGUACACAACGGCCUACUUCGGGUGCUUUUCGAGAUCUUGGUUCUCUAUCAUGUGGGAUAUACAAAACAGCAUAGCGCCACACCUUCCUCUUGGCUCGCCGCUCCGACAAUGGCACUUUCCAGGAAUACUGCCACCCAGAUGUUUCAUUGUCACAAGGAUGACAGCCCUGUCCAGACCUCGGCCAACUUACUUCAUUAUCCUCUUCAUCGCCGGCGAUCGCUCUCAGUUCAGCAUUGUCUCAGCACUGCAAAGGGUUCGUCGGCCAUUGAGCCAUAGAUCCGAAGAUGGGCGAUGGAAGAGGUACAAGCCCGAAAGCUUUGGUGUCACGAGAUUUCCAGAUCCGGAUGAUGGAACUGAAUCAGGGAAUACUAAGGUCCCAUCUGCACGUCGCAAGUUUAACGCCAAUACCUCUUCUUGUUACAGAAACAUGUUUGCUUUAGUUCUCCCUGCUUUUGUAGCCGCAUUGCUUUUCUUCUUUAUGGCUCUACUAUAUUUGACACAGGGGACGUAGUUAGUGUUGCAAUCCUCAUCAGGUACCAAUGGAAUGCAUACUGAACAGUGUUGCUGUUUAUACGGUCUCCCUUGGGCAGUGUAGAACUUGAUUAAACUAUACCUUGACUCCCGGUAAGAUGACCUGCUUUAAGCGCACAGAUGUGUAAGCGUCAGCGGAGAUUCAAUGUAUAUGUAACAUUCU